AAUUGGCUCCUCGACUUUCUUUCUCGGCGAGCGUGGAUUCCAUAGAAAUGGUGGUACCAAUUUUCGGCGUGUGCCUGCCAUGCGGCAUUCGUACAAAGCCGACCGGGAACACCCGGGCUGCGAAAGACUUCUUUCCGAAGCAGCGUUCGGGUGUGCAUCCGCCGGCAUCCCCCCCCCCAGCAAAUCCCACACGUGGGCGUCCUCAGCCCGUGCCCAAGGCAACAUCGCCUCGCCCCCGCCGGCUUCUGGUUAGCGUUGCGUAGCGUCGCGAUGCGAUGCGAUGGACCACAAGACAGUCCAGCGGUGCGUGCCAGCCCGUCGCUCGCCAUCGUCGGGGGGAGGCACUCCCGGUCUGCGGUUGGCAGACAAGCGGGCGUGCCGGGGGCUGGAUCCAUCGCUGGUGCUUGCGGUCAACGAACCGUUCUGGUGUCGCGGUGCCGCUUCGAUGCAGGCACGUGCGUGUGCCCCCGGGAGACCGGGCGUGCAUCGAUCCCGAUCAGCGUCUUUUCGCAAGCACGCGGCUGCUACCGCUGGUUGGAGUAGCUGAGAUAGGAAUUCCAGGCCCCCGACGAGACGGCCAGGUACGGGAUCCGCAGCCGGUUCGGAACCACCCCGAAGUUGACCGCGUUGGCGAUCGGCCAGUAGACGCACCCGCUCGCAAAGGCCUCCGGGACCCGCCCGCGGAUCUUUCCGAGGACGUCCGGAUCGCCCUCCAGCAGGCCCAGGGCGCCAAAGAGUGCCACCAGGUAGGGGGGAAAGAGGAGGGCCUGGGCCGCGGCCGUCUUUUUGGCGACGGUGGUCCACGACGACGCUUUCCCGGCGGCGAACCGCCGGUCGAGAAAGGAAAAGCCGGCAAAAAAGUAGGGCCCGUGGAGGACCAGUCCCAGGGAGGCCCACCGCAGGGUGCGCACCGCGUCCCAGUGCCCGUCGGUGGCGGUCGCUGUCGUUGUCGUUGUCGCUGCGGAAGGUCCCCCCGCCGGAAGGCCCCUGCCCUCGACGAAGAGCUGGGUGCCCAGGUCGGCAAUCCCCAUGAUGGUUCCGGAUUGCAGGCCCGACUUCACGAGAGCCCUUCCUAUCAUGGCGGGGCUCGUGUUGGUGUUGGUGUUGGUGUUGGUAUCUGUGUCGGUAUCUCGUAUCUCGUUUGGUACGGAUCAACAAACGCAACCGUCGAACGAUGCUCUGUGGCGGUGGUGGUGAUGGAAAAGCUACGGUAUGCGAAGAACUCGUCCCGGCUUUUUGUCUUCAGAGGACGAGUGGCAACUACUACGAAGUGCUGUAACGCACGGUACGAACAGAAGCAAAAAGUAAAUACUCGUACGUUACAGUACGUACUACGUACCCUACGGUACAGAAUUUCUUUCUUUAUCGAUAUCGAUUAUCGAUCGACACCCUCAUCAUAUCUUACCGUACGGUACUGUAUGUAUCAUACGUAUUAUUCUGUAUUAAAAGCCAUACCACCUACCACACGGUUUAACUCUUCUUUAAACUUGAGUCACGAAUAAUUACGCGCUGUACCGUACUACUGAGGACUGAUCGACCAUGCCAUCCGCCCACGGUCGACACAAAUAUCUAGUACUAGUAGUACGAAGUACUGUACGUAAGUACCGUACUUCUCCUUUUGUUCGGUCGAUGAUUCUGUAUCUUCGUGAACUUCGCGAACCCUCCGAAUAAAGCAACGACACUCCGGUACGUAGUGUACCGUACCUACCGUACGGCAGCAAUCCAACCGAAAUAAAGUAAAACCACGGUCAAUCAACACCGCUCAUAUCAUGUGAUUUUGGAGUUGCACGGACGGCACGAGUACCCGUAGUCGUAUGCACCUGUGUACAUACCGGUACGUACUUGUACCGUACGUUGCGGUACGGAAACUGGUAUCGUAUCGUGGUUUCUGUUCUCCACCAUCUUUCUUCUCCCGGUUGGUGAUUUUGUGACCGCUGCGCAACCCAUCGAACGCUUAUUUCGAACACGAGGCCUUUGCCGAGAACAGAAUCGUAAGUCCGGAAACGGAAGCAGGGUGGGGCGUCCCGAGAAUAGAGCAGCGUGAGGCACCGAACGGUGCCCUACCACACGGGAGGACCCGAGGAGAGGAGACCCUCGAUCGCACGGGCACGGGGUGCCGGUUCCGUAACUGCCAAGACCACAAACUCGGUGCUCGUUUCGCGCCUCGCGGUUUCGAGAUACGGCACCGGCACUUGUUCUGUGAAAAGCAAAGCAAAGCAAAGCAAAGCAUAGUAAAGUAUAGUACGUACUGCAGUAGUUUUGUUCUUUCUGACCCCUCCGCCACACCCUUUUUUCUCUCCGUUGGGCUCCCUCCCCUCCACCGAAUCCCUCCAUCGAAACCCCCGCGUCAGAGCCAUCGCAGUGCCAUCGCAGUGCCCCACCUUGCCCCACCGUCCCUUCCCCCAACAUGUUUGCCAGCACCACGUCCCGCCGUGUCCUGAACGCCGCCCUCUCCGCAACCCACCACAAGAACAACCGCUUCUACUCCUCGACCGCCGCCAUGGGAAAGAAGGUCGCCGUCCUGGGAGCCGCCGGGGGCAUCGGCCAGCCCCUUAGCAUGCUGCUCAAGCUCUCGGAGAACGUCACCGAGCUCUCCCUCUACGACAUUGUCGGAACCCCCGGGGUCGCCGCCGAUCUCUCCCACAUCCCCUCCAAGGCCUCCGUCACGGGAAGCGUUCCCUCGAGCCCGACCUGGCCGCCCUCCGGGGACUCCGGGCUGGAGACCGCCCUCACCGGCGCCGACGUCGUCGUCAUCCCCGCCGGGGUUCCCCGCAAGCCCGGCAUGACGCGGGACGACCUGUUCGCCACCAACGCGGGCAUCGUCAAGACCCUGGUGGAGGGAUGCGCCGAGCACUGCCCGGGGGCCGUCCUGGCGAUCAUUUCCAACCCCGUCAACUCGACGGUUCCGAUCGCGGCCGAGGUCCUCAAGAAGAAGGGCGUCUACGACCCCAAGAAGCUCUGCGGUGUCACCACCCUCGACGUUAUGUAAGCGAAGCGGUGUGAUGCGGUGUGAUGCGAUGCGACGCAAAACGAAGCGGGCCUUGGAUGCGAUGCAAAACGUGGUGGUGUUCUUGUGGUUGUGCGAUACUCACACGCUUGCGCGCUUUGCCUGUCCUCCCUUUCGCGUCCCGUCUCUCCGCCCGACCAAUCCGGUGCAUGUGCACAUGCACAUAUACAUAUACACGCACACGCAGCCGCGCCAACACCUUUGUCGGAGCCUCCACCGGGGGCGAUCCCUCCGCCAUCGACGUCCCCGUGAUCGGCGGGCACGCCGGGAUCACCAUCCUGUCCCUCUUUUCCCAGGUCCCCGGAUACACCCCCGGAGCCGAGGAACUCGACGCCAUUACGCACCGAACCCAGUUCGGCGGGGACGAGGUCGUCCAGGCCAAGGCGGGCGCCGGAUCCGCCACCCUUUCCAUGGCCUACGCCGGGUACCUCUUCACCGACAAGGUCCUGCAGGCCAUGAACGGGGCCGACGACAUCGUCCAGUGCGCCUACGUCGCCUCCGACGUUACGGACGCCUCCUUCUUCUCCUCCCCCUGCAAGUUCGGCCCCGAGGGCGUCGAAGAAGUCCGGGGAUUCGGAGCCAUUUCGGAAUACGAAGAGGGAUGGCUCAACAAGAUGCUCCCCGACCUGAAGGCACAAAUCCAGAAGGGAAUCGACUUUGCCAACCAAUAAACUAACAAAGGCAAGAAAAACGCUUACACUACGUAUCUAGAACAAAAAAAGCCGGGUUCGCGCAUGCACCGGGUGCAUUCUGGCAUCUAGUUGUUCUCUGUCUCGCUCCAGGGAUCGGAACGCAACAAAACGAAAAACGAACGCGAUCCCUGGUUGCUCUAUUUAUAGUAGAAACAUGCAGUGUCGCACUGUUGCUUCGUGGGCAACCGAUUUUGUGCAAGUGGGAUCUCGCAACGACUGCAGUGAAUUGAUUGUAGCUUGGCCCGUAAUUCAGACC